UUGAGUAAUAUCUUAAUUAAAAAUUCCGCGUGUAAUAAAUAAAUAAUUUCACGAGUAUCUUCCAGACUGCGUGCUAGGUACGAGUACACCAGCCCACUCAUUUCUUCGUUCCCUCUGAACUCUGAAGUUCGCCUCAGAUCCGAUCGUCGCCGGAAGGCAAGCUUCUGAGUUGUGACAUUUCUAAGAAAUCGAAGAGCCAUGGGGGGUCGUGGAGUUAGCAGUGGUGGGGGACAGAGCUCACUGGGGUACCUGUUUGGUGAUGGAGAUGCUCCCAAUGCAGGUGCACCUAAAGGUGGCCGCCAAGCACCGCCGCCUUUAAAUGAAGGGAAGACUGUAUCCAAACCAGCAGUGUCCAAACCUGCUGCUACUGCUUCACCACCUGCAGAUGUUACCAAGCAGAUUCCAGCUGGUAUUCAUAGUAGCUCCUCAAACAACUAUUUGAGGGCAGAUGGUCAGAACACUGGCAAUUUCAUAACGGAUCGGCCUUCAACCAAGGUCCACGCCGCCCCAGGCGGUGGAUCUUCUCUGGAUUAUCUGUUUGGUGGUGCUGGUGGAAAAUGAAACCUGCAAACCAUAACUAAAUAGAGCUAUUUGACGAUCAAUUUUAUGUGAAUUUUUAUAUCAUGUCGAAGGGGCAAUGCUUUUUUUCUUCCAUCUGAAAUGAUACUAUGGCGGGACGAUAUGCUUUUCGAUGUAAUGUGUAGAUGCUUAUGCUUUCUGCUCUCUGUUCGUGGGUUUUAUUAAGUCAAAUCUUAUUUUGGAUUCAUGAAAAGCUGUUGUGAUCUGUCUGCGUUUGUCAAGGAUCUUUCUUACAAGUAAUGCAUAACUUUCUCUUUUA